AUGCUGAGAUGGCCAUCUUUGGGGAGGCAGCUCCUUACCACCGAAAGUCGGAAAAGAAUUGAGGCCCAGAACAAGCCUUUUGAUGCCAAGACAACUGUCUUUGUGGUACAUGCUAAGGAAUCCUUUGUGAAAAGGACAAUCCAGAGCAAAGAAUCAGGCAAGGUCACCGUCAAGACUGAAGCUGGAGAUACUCUGACUCUGAAGGAAGAUCAAAUCUUCUCCAUGAAUCCUCCUAAGUAUGAUAAAAUUAAGGACAUGGCCAUGAUGACCCACCUUCACGAACCCGCUGUGCUGUACAACCUCAAAGAGCAUUAUGCAGCCUGGAUGAUCUACACCUACUCGGGUCUCUUCUGUGUCACUGUCAACCCCUACAAGUGGCUGCCGGUGUACAACCCGGAGGUGGUGUUGGCCUACCGAGGCAAGAAGCGCCAGGAGGCUCCUCCACCCAUCUCCAUCUCUGACAAUGCAUGUCAGUCCAUGCUAACUGAUGUAAGAACACAGUUCAAAAAUAGCUGCAUCUGUGUUUUGCAGCUCAACAGCCUGGAGCAGCUAUGCAUCAACUUCACCAAUGAGAAACUGCAGCAGUUCUUCAACCACCAUAUGUUUGUGCUGGAGCAGGAGGAGUACAAGAAGGAAGUAACUGAAUGGGAGUUCAUUGACUUUGGGAUGGACUUGGCUGCCUGCAUUGAGCUGAUUGAGAAGCCCAUGGACAUCUUCUCCAUCCUGGAAGAGGAGUGCAUGUUCCCCAAGGCAGAUGACACUUGUCUCAAGAACAAGCUCUAUGACCAGCAUCUGGGCAAGUCCAACAACUUCCAGAAGCCCAAGCCUGGCAAAGGCAAGGCUGAGGCCCACUUUUCACUGAUGCACUAUGGUGGACUACAACACCUCUGGCUGGCUUGA